AUGACGACCACGGGCGUUCGCCUCCUGCUGUUGGCAGUCCUGGCGACUACCGUUGCCGCCGCAGAUGAUGCCGAAUUCGCCUUCAAUCUCCUCACAGACGUUGCACCAAUCCUUGCGCUUUUUGGAGACGCCUUUGCAAAACAGUUUAUGAGCGAGAGCCUGACAUGGGUUGAUCACCUCAUCUUUGCAGUGGUGCCCUUGGGCAUCAUUACGGCCAUUACGGCCGCCAUCCGGGUCCAGGGCAUGCAGGUUGCCAAGGCCUUCGUUGGACGCGCGAGGGAGAACCGAGCCCUUGCGGAAAUCGAGCUGAUGUCCUCCACGUCCGGCGAGGUCUGCGAACUGUUCAAUGGCAAUUCAAUCGUCCGGGCUAUGGGUAAGCCCAGAAUUGAGCAAUUCCUCAUCUUCCCGAAUGAGUAUGACGCGCUCGAGGAGAAGUACAAACAAUCCGAUGACGCCGGCGAAGAGCCCGAGGACAAGUCGUGUGGCAUCCAUUCUCUUCGGACUGCUGCUUCGAGAGAGCCAGGGGAAUCUAAACUGAUGGUGUGCAAACCCUACUCCAGUGAUAGUGUGACCGUGAUUCAAGAAUGCUCCGAGUCGGCUUUGGCAUUUUUCCGCCGCCUGUGUUGGCAUCCCCUUCGCACGAUAACCGAACUAUUUAGAUCUGCGUCUCCGACACCGCCAGGGGAUGAAAAGGGUGCAGAGACUACCUCCACUGAAUCCGGUCACCCUCCUCUCCCUCCUGGAGCAGAACCGGCCCUCAGAGGUCCACCGAAUCUCCAGUUAAACCUUUCAUCCGACCACUUCGAUCAAAAUACGCUGAAGAAGCGGCACGAGCUCAUUCUGGCAGCUGUUGUCGCGGUCCUUCUGCAAACCGGCUUGAUUGUCAUCGCGGCUGCUACAGCCUAUCACCUGAACCCUGGAUCUUCUAGCUUCUUCGAGAUCAAAGUUUACGGUUUUCCUUGCUAUGCUGCUGGCUCUCUUUUGCUCUCGAUUGGCACGGGACUUUGUUCAUUUAUCGUCGAACAUAGCACUAUUGAACACUCCUGGGAGGCAGUGAACAGCUCUGGAGAGAAAAUGAACGGAGAGAAAGCGAAGCCACAGAAGAAUGCCCCUCGACUCGUAUGGAUCCAACGGUAUCAGACAGUAAAUGACCAAUCUUUCAAAGGUUACAUCAUACUGGCUGGCCCGAAGCGUCGGGUCAUUACCUCGAGGCGGGAUGAUGACAUUGAGAAGCAUCAUCGCAGCGACGAUUCGGCCUCUGGAGGCCCACACUCAAGUAGGGGUGGGAAAAAUGAAGGGUUUUGGCAGUGGCUUACUGUUGGCGCCGCUCUUUCGGCAGGCCUUGGGUUUAUAGCUCAGUUCAUGGGCCUCCGUGGCCUUGCUUUCCCAUGCUCUAUUGCUCAACUCGGCGCCAUCUUCAUCAUGGCCCUCAUUCGAGCUAGCAUCCGGAGACGCCUAGGAAGGGUCCCGGCACAUUGUCCCGCGCUUGAAGGGUAUGAGCUCGACUUCUUGGCGACACAACUCGUUUUCUAUCCAAAGGUCCGAACCUCCGAUCAAUGUGGAAAGGGAGAGGAGAACUAUGGGGGAGACAAAUUACCGAGCGACUUCUGCAGAUGGAAAAUCAAGACUGCAGAUCCAAAGCAACGGAAUGCCUUUUUUGCUCAACCAACGCUUACCAGUCGAUCGGACCCGAAGGAUGGAACGACCAUAUCUGAGCCAGCACAACAACAUUCCAGUAUCACAUCCCAAAAGAGCAGAACUGGCCCGGAUUUCAAAGCAUCAUCGAGCCAACAACUCAUCCGUGUGCGGGAGAGACUAGGUGACUUAUGCCACUUCACAUCCAAGUCCACAGAGAGCGCUCUAUCUUUAGCACAGUCCAUCGAGCUUUUCAUGAACAGCUUCUCGCCGCUCUCUACGGGAGAGGAUGAAAGCGAAGAGCCACUCUCACACGUGGACUGGCUGAUUGAAGCCACUACACUAACAUCCACCGGCGUGUCUGAAGAUCCAGACAAGGUCAAGAUUCCAGUGGUACGAAGGAACUCGGAUGGCAAGUGGGAAGUGGAUGUUGCCAAGAUCGAUGCAGCAAUCUCUCUCUGGAUGGCCAGCAUCGAGGCCAAGAAGGCCAAAGAUGCAAAGAACGCGCAACAGCGCAGGGAUGCUCGACAGGGUUUGGGAAAUGGCAGAUCAGCUACGGACGUGGCGCGGCAUUCCGGUGAUACAUUGCCUGAGUGGAGGCGCACCAAGGUUGGAGAUGACUUGAGACGCAGCUUUGGCCGCAUCAUCGGGGACAACUUGAAUGAUGAGGUGCUCAAGCGGGAUAUCUCUUGGUGGGUCGACAGCAUUAUCGCUGAGCAGAGUGAUCCUGCGGUGGAAGACGAAAACAACAGCAUCGACGAAGGGAAUGAAAAUAGCAGUGAUGCCGAGGGCAAUGGACGACUUUGGAGCAGAGCAAGGGGCAGUGGUGUUGAUCUUGUGAUUGGAUUCAACGGCAACAAACCGCACACUGAUCCCGCCCGGGAGCUUGGUAUUACCUCGAAUGGCUACCUCCACACCAAUUUGGCGCAGCAUUUUUUCACCAGUUUCAUGUGGACUGUGGUUGAAUUCCUGCCGAAGAACUGUCUCAACCCUGGCAUUGAUGAAAUCCAACAAGAGGUAGAGAUAGAAGGUCCCAAGGUGUUCGAAUCAUACGAUUUCACCCAGACCUGGCUCCGACCCAAGCUUCGCCACCGUCGACUCACCAAAGUCGUCCGAGAAAUGGAAUCCUACGGUCUAGGAAGCACCACCGACAUGCUUCUCUGCAUGAUACCAGCGCUCAGUUCCAGGAGCCUUUUGCCCAAUCAGGCAAUAUUCAAGCUCAUGCCACGUGUUGGUUCUGGCCGGGGAUGGGUAGAAAUAGCCAACUGCCACAAGAAGCUCCUUGAAACGAUCAAGACAGACGAGGUAAGCGAGGAAGACCAAUUCAGCGUUGCCAUUGUUGUGGCCUCAAUGGACUUCCUUUCUUUCGCUUAUGAGCCGUACGAUGAACAGACGAAACCUCCACCGGAUCUGGACAAUGAGCUCAAGACCAUUGUGGAGAAACUUCUCUCGCCCAAGUUCAUCACCGUCUUGGAAAAGCUUGCGCCUGUUUACCGCCGUCAGUGCCGCCACAGAUUACUCUACAACGUUCUUCAAUAUCCAGCGGGCCCGGUUCGUGGCCUAGAUGAAGAUUUUGCGAAGAACAUUCUGGGGUUUGCGCAGAGCCAUCUUAGAACGUUCUUUCGAACAGAUGAGUUGAUGCUCAAUCGACGUGCCACGGCAAGAGAAUUCAGGACAUAUGAAAAGCACGACAUCUUUGGAUGGACUCCGUACCACUAUCAAGUUGUUGAUGACAUUGAUCGGGCUGAUUUUGAACUCUUUCUUGAGGAUUCUAAAGGACGAGCUGAGCGGUUGCCCAGCAUGCUUGACAAUUUAGGACGGAGCCCGAUCCAAAUCGCUGUCUUGGUAGGAAGGCGCGACAUCUUUGAGGCCAUAUUCCGCCAUCUGAGCAAAGAGGGUUGCAAGAAGGCCGUUCAAGCAAGUGGCACCGAUGACAUGACGCUUCUUCACUUGAUUGCAAAAAGCGGGAGCCUCGAUUGUCUUGAUUCGAUAUCCCCACCUGAAACAAAGGCCCUUCUCUCGAAGAAAGACAUUUGGGGUCGCCAAGCACUUCACAUCGCUUCCAAGCUAGGGCAUGGAGAGAUUAUUUCUGAGCUCUUGGAAAUGGGAUCGCGUUCUGAUGAACUCGACGAUGCUGGGAGAUGCCCUGUCUACUAUUUUGUACAAAGGUGGAAAGAGAAGGGUCCGGAAAGCACCGUUCAAGAGCAGCACAGCAACAAUCCAGAGGCCAAUGAUUCUCCCGGCAAUGAGUUCUCCAAGAAUCUAAGCAAGGAAAGUUUCGAAUUGUUUCUGAAAUUUGCUAUGGAGCCUCACUGUCGAUACAGCAACGGAAAAACCUUCCUUCACUUCGCAGUCGAGGUCGCAGGCGACGACAACAUUCGCACAUUGGUAUGUGAGAAAGGGUUCGACGUCGAGGCCCGGGACAAUGACGGACGAACGCCUUUGCAUUGCGCGAUUCUCAGCGGCCGUCCCAGCGUGGUUAGCACCCUCAUCAAAGACUUCCGAGCGAAGCCAUCCGCGAAGGACUCUCGCAACACUACAGCGCUCAUGUUCGCUGUCCAGAAAAACUACAUCGAUGUCGCCCGAGCAAUAUUAGAUGUGUCCGAUCCCAGUUCUGUCAAUGAGGUUGACGAUGACAAGAAGGCUGCGAUUCAUUAUGUCCGUAGCCGAGAAAUGGCCGACUUUUUGAUCACGAACAAAUGCAACUUGCUGGCAACAGAUUCUCGUGGCAGGAGUGCACUGCACACGGCCAUUGAGCGAAAAGACAAUGUCGCACUAUAUCUUUUAGGACUCGAAGAUCCACGCCAGGUGCAAACAGAACCAUUCGACGACAACAAAGAAUCACUACUCGUCACGGCAUGCAGAUGUGGUUUUUCUGAAAUCGUUCCAGGAAUCCUUGGGCUGUGGCCUAACAUCAUCAACAAUGAAGACGAGAAGGAGGGUCUGCCACCUAUCUCAUGGGCUUGUGUGGGUGGGCAUAGCGACGUUGUCGCAAAGCUGCUACAACACGAAGGCAGUGAGCGGGUUAAUGUGAACAAGACGGCAUGGGCUAUCAAGUAUACCCCACUACACUUUGCUGCCACAUUGGGAGAUUCCAAAUGCUUGGCUCUCCUGCUUGAGCAAUCAUCUACCAAAAUUCAUCAACAAGGUGGCGUAGGGGAAACGCGACCACUGAGACUAGCUGUGAGGUUUGGCCGCAAAGAUGCCGCCCGAAUGCUACUCCAGGAUCAUCGAACUGCCCCUAAAGAACAACUCCGCCACAUUAAAGAGUUCACCUCUUCAUCGUCUAGUGUAUUCCAAAGCAUCAUUGGGGAUAUACUUGAGACGUUUGCGGGCACCUCUUUGAUUCGUGACUACUUUGAAUGGCUUGUCGAUAUCACAGCUGCUCCAGGCGCGCAAGAGUCAAUCAACAAAUUCGUCGUGGAUAUAAAACGAGGUGGAUGGAAGAAGUUGAAGACUCCUUAUCAUCUAGCAAUCUUUCUUGGUGAUGCCGAGUUCAUGCAGAUACUGAAGGAGCAAGAUGUCCCUCAGGGGGGGCUGGACGAAGACAACUGGUCUUUGGUGGACUACGCCAAACGCUUCGAUCGUGAUGGAACUUUGACAAGCCUUGUCAAUCACUUUCAGCCUUUGGACGCCAGCAUGGAACACAAGCAUAAGGAGCCGACGACUCUGAUCUGCACUUCUUCUGAACCGAUUGUCAAAGUCACUUCCUGCGCCACCAAGGGUCAUGACUAUUGCUCGAAAGUACACGAUGUCAAGGUUAUUUGGUUGUCAAUGGGUAGCUGGCACACGUGCAUACGCAGCGAUCACAGCAUUCCCCCAUCUAACAAAUAUUUUUAUUUUGAGGUGGAGGUCCUUCAAGAUUCAGUAUCCCAAAUUUUUGGGAUCGGCUUCUGCCGCUUGAAUGACAGCGAUGAUCAAAUGCCAGGCUGGUUCAAGGGGUCAUGGGGAUACCAUGGCGACAAUGGGAAGCUCUUCAUCGAAUCACGUACUGGGGCCACUCCGAGCUCAGACUUUGCAGAUUCUGGCAAAUUAAAGUCCGGUGAUGUUGUGGGUGUCUGCUUGAACGUAAAUACAGGACAAGGGUUCUGUACGCGCAAUGGCAAGAAGUUGAACAUGGGGAAUGCUUUCGAGGGACAUGAGGAAAGGUUUAAGUAUGGCUUCAGCUCCUUCCCAGGCAGGUUCCGCGAUGUGGAAAAGGACAACUCGCCACAGUCGCCCUCUCAUGACCAAAUUUCCACCUUUUACAGCACCAUAUGGUGCAGCUGGGGAUUCAAGUUCCGUGCGACACUGGAGCAACUCUAG